CGGAUCAUGUUUUGAAGUGGGCAAAAAUUGAAUGUGUUAUUUUUGUGAUGAGUGUUCGUGUACUUUUUAAGAAUGCCAAUCCAGGCGCCUCAGUGGACGGACUACCUGAACUGUCCUGUGUGCUGCCGCGAGUUCGGUCCACCUCCUCGGAGUCCCAUCAGCCUAGGCUGUGGGCACACACUCUGUAAACACUGUCUCAAACAUCUACAUAGGAAACAAUGCCCUUACGACCAGACUGUGAUACAAGUAGAGUUGGAGGAGUUGGUAGUGAACACGGCGUUACUGCAACUGGCAGGGUACACUCCACCACCACAACCGUACCACCCGCCGUGCAUACAGGCUCUGCAGGAAAGCGACCAGCAAGCGUACGAUAUGAUCGUACGAAGCAUGGAGCAUCUGGCCAUCUACCUCAAAUUCUGCGGGAAUGUGAACAACAGUAUGGGCAGCCGUUUGUCGCGGCCAAUGCAGAGGAAGUUAGUGACGUUAUUGCAGUGCGCUAUGACAGACGAGGAGGGGCGGGGGAGGGCAGCUCGGGCGGCACGCUCGCUGGGAGAGAGGACAGUCACAGAACUCAUACUCCAGCAUCAGAAUUCACAGCAGCUAAGUGCCAAUUUAUGGGCAGCUGUUAGAGCUCGUGGCUGCCAAUUCCUGGGCCCAGCCAUGCAAGAAGAGGUGCUAAAGUUGGUGUUACUUGCCCUUGAAGAUGGCUCAGCAUUGUCAAGAAAGGUAUUAGUGAUGUUUGUAGUCCAAAGAUUAGAGCCUCAUUUCCCGCAGGCUUCCAAAACUAGUAUAGGCCACGUCGUCCAGCUCCUAUACAGGGCUUCUUGUUUUAAGGUAUCUAAGCGCGAAUGUGAUUCGUCACUAAUGCAACUUAAAGAAGAAUUUCGUACUUAUGAAUCGUUAAGGAGGGAACACGACGCCCAAAUAGUCCAAAUUGCGACCGAAGCUGGCCUCCGGAUAGCACCGGACCAGUGGAGCGCCCUUUUAUAUGGUGACACUACGCAUAAGAGUCACAUGCAGAGUAUUAUUGAUAAAUUACAAACGCCGCAGUCAUUUGCGCAGUCGGUUCAAGAAUUAUUCAUAGCCUUGCAAAGGACAGGUGAUCCGGCACAUUUGAGUGUGAUGAGCAUACACCUUGACAGGCUGGCCAGCAUUGAUGCUACACCAGAUGCAAAGGGUCCAACAUGGAAACAGUUGGCGGACGUGAUGAUAUCACUCAAGGAGGUAGUUUCCAGAUUGAUUCAUUACCUGCAGCAACAGGCCACUGGUCGGGAUGCUAACCACAAUGCAAAGUACGUGCUACAAGAACGCUGCCCCGAGCCAUCCACAAGUCAGCCGUCCCCACAGACUUCGGCGUCGACACCAACCCACACAAAGUACAAGGUGUCCAUGUGCCGGGAUGCGGCCACUCGUUCAUUCUGCCCUCGUGGAACUACCUGCACUUUUGCGCACUCAGAGGAAGAACUCGAGAGGUAUAUACUGACUAACGCGACAAACGGCAACUAUACGUACAUUGCAACUGCGCUGCCAUCGUCUAUGCCGAUGCCGCCGCCGUUGCCGCCACUUCCACUUCCGCAGCCGAUGUAUCCACGUUUUCCGAUACCGCAACAUCCGCCACAUCCGCCGCAUCAGCACAUGGAAAAUUACAGCCACCCACCUGCGAUGGCAUCAAUCCCCAAUCAGGGACUGCCGCCGGAGAUGCUCCCGAACCCCGAGUACCAGCCGGACCCGACUCACACAGUCGAUGGCGUACCACCACCAAAUUAUGCUGCUUCAAUAGUCCACAAUCAGUCAUCAAUGGGUAUCAAUCAGAACGGCAUCAUUAUACCAGUGCCUAAACGGCCCUACUACGGUCGUUAUGGUGGCAUCCUAACAAUUCACGAAGAACCAUCAAACAAUCUUCAGUACCCAAGGCCGGAGUUCACCAACCCAGUGUACCAGACCCCCCCUCCUAAUAUGCCAUACCAAGGAGAACAAACCAUGGCGCCGCCGAUGACAAACAUCUUUGUUCCUGUACAGCAUGACCAGCCGAGGAACAUGAGCCCUUAUACAUUUGAUGAUCUGCCGGCAGAGGACUAUCGUAUAUCGGACUACAGAGUCAAGUCCGCUGGCUUUACCCCAGUACAAAUGGAACGCCGUCCUGAGCCGACCUGGGCACCAGGGAAUGAAUUAUUCCAUUUCGACAACAUGAGAAAUGCAAUGCCCCAUUGCUCCAACAACCCUGAAGACAUAUUUAACGUGCCGGGUGACAGGCGUGCGAUUGGGGUGGACCGUCUUGCGGUGACCGAUAGACUUACAGUUGGGGCUGCCUCCGACUUGUCUAAUAGAGCUGACGACGAAUUAGAAGAAGAACUUCAAGCACUGGAGCGGCGCAUAGAUACAGAAUUCAAGAGCGCAGACUAAACAAGCACACUGUGAUCCCCA